AUGGGCAAAAGGACCGUGAAUCGCGGCUCGUUCCAGCUCGAGGUCAAAGAGGAAGAGAUGGCGGAACUACUUUUCCAGGCGCAUGCUCUGUUCACUGAAAUGCGGACAAUUCAGCCCUUGCCAGGCGGAAGCAAAUCGGACAUAAAGUCUUUCUGGGACGCGAUUUCAACCGGACCAGGUGCGAGACUGCUCCCACAACGGGUUCGAGGUAUCUACACCAACUGGGACGUGGUAUGCGCACGACCGGGUCGCGAGAACAAGGUGAAACCAACACCAUCUCAUGAACUGGACGACUAUUAUUCUACGCUUGUCCCACUUGCUUACACAAACAAACGGCUGCCUCCUCACCCUGCAUCACACGCAUUCUUGCUCUUGAAAGGUUGA